UUAAUUACAAGGUAGCGAGACAACAAACGCAAACCCAACAUAGUGCGCUUCGUCAGGUCUCGUCCUCCUCGCUGCUAAAGCCUGCUGCUUCCUCUAGCUUACCGAAACUAGCAGACAGGAUGGUCUACACACACGCGCGUGCCAACCAACAACCAUGUCGAUUUCAUCUGCAUUUUUAUACACAGAUUAUUCAACUUCUCCAUCUUUUUUUGAGAUAUAUAAUUACAAACAUUUGGCCAUGGGCGUACGAUAGAUCCUUUUCAUGUAGAGCCGACGACGGGCCGUGGCUAUCUAGUCUAGCAAUACGGCUAGUCUACGAGCAGCUACGCGACGAAACACCCUGCCGCUAGCUAGAAUAAUAAUAGCUAGGCCCGUCGAGCGGCGCCAUACGAACCUGAUAAGCUCUGCCUGCGAGGCCGGCCGGCCGGCGCUGCCUAGCUAGCUCCCCACGUCGACGCGCGGCGCGGACGGAGGACCACCGGAGGACACGCACGCGGACGCCGAGUCAACCCUCGUCAACGAUCGAUCAAAGCCUUUUUCAUUUAUGCCUACAUGUUACUGGGAUCCUCGGUCGAACAUCACCGCCAACCAUCUCCUCGACGGCCUUCUUACCGCAGACUUCACCUACGGGUCGUGCCGGAGCCGGUACCAGUUCGCCGGCUACCGCAAGGAGUCGUCGCACAAGCCGUCCCCGUACCUCAUCGCCAAGCUCCGGAAGCAAGAAGCCCUACAAAAGCGAUGCGGCCCUGGCACGGCCGCGUAUAAGGAGGCUGUCCGGCGGCUCGACUCCGGCGAGGGCGUCGUCGACGAUGGCUGCCGCUACCUCGUGUACAUCAGCUACCGCGGCCUCGGCAACCGCAUACUCGCCAUCACGUCGUCCUUCCUCUACGCGGUGCUCACGGAGCGCGUCCUCCUCGUCGACGGCGGCAAGGACGCCGCCGACCUCUUCUGCGAGCCCUUCCCGGGGACGACGUGGCUUCUGCCGCUCCCCGGCUGGUUCUCCUCCUCCCCGCUAAGGCGCCUCCAGGGCUACCUGGGCGGCUCCAAGGAGAGCCUCGGGAACAUGCUGCAGAGCGACGCCGUCACCGUGUCCGCCGGUGGGAACGUGUCGUGGUCGGCGCCGCGGCCGCCGCCGUAUCUGUACCUCCACCUCUCCGGCGGCUAUGGCUUCCACGACAAGCUCUUCUUCUGCGGCGCGCACCAGAGGCUCCUCGGCGAGGUGCCGUGGCUCUUCAUGUGGACGGACAACUACGUCGUGCCGGGGCUCUUCCUGACGCCACCGUUCACCGGUGAGCUGGAGGCCAUGUUCCCGGAGAAGGACGCCGUGUUCUACCACUUGGGACGGUACCUCUUCCAUCCGACGAACGCCGUCUGGCACGCUGUCACGAGGUACUAUCGCUCAAACCUCGCCAGCGCCGCCCAGCGAGUCGGCGUGCAGAUCAGGGUGUUCCAGAAGAAGCAGCCCCCGCAGGUCGUCCUGGAGCAGGUCCUCUCCUGCGUCCGCGGCGAGAAGCUCCUCCCGGAGACAACCGCGGCCAACGGCACGUCCUCGCACGCCGUCCUGGUGACGUCGCUGAGCUCGUGGUACUACGAGCGCAUCAGGGACGAGUUCGGCGGCAGGGUCGCCGGCGGCGUGCACCAGCCGAGCCACGAGGGGCGGCAGCGGUGGGGCGACGCGGCGCACGACAUGAGGGCGCUGAGCGAGAUUUACCUGCUCAGCAUGUGCGACGUGCUCGUCACCAGCGGCUACUCCACGUUCGGGUACGUCGCGCAGGGGCUCGCCGGGCUGCGGCCCUGGGUGAUGGCCAGGGCGCCCAUGUGGGCCGACGACUGGAGGGAGGGGCUGGAUCCACAGGAGCCGCCUUGCCGGCGGGCGGCUUCCGUCGAGCCGUGCUUCCACUCGCCGUCGGCCUACGACUGCGCGGCAGGUAGGGACGUGGACCUGGACAAGGUGACGCCGUACAUCAGGCGCUGCGUGGACGUCAAAUGCGGCAUCAAGCUUGUCAAUGAGAGCAGCAGCCAAUGGUAGUAUUUGUGUGACAGGCAUGGCAGUAAGCUGAUAUGCUAUUUGGCUCAAAAAUAGAUCAGAAAAUAAGGCACCAAAGGUAGAAGAAACACUCAUUCAGUAGAUAGGUGAAUACUGUAGAUGCAUACGUUAUACAGAAAGAAAGGUGGAAAUGAACUGUGGUGGCAAUCUUGGUGUUUUGACUUAUAGUGUGGAACAAGUGGUAAUCUUGUUAACUAAUCGGCAGACUUCAAAUACUGCUUACCGAA